AUGUCUCCCCCAACCCUGUACCAACGAAUCCAACAAAUCGACUCGCAAGCCCAUGCGGCGCUCCUGCCCACCAACACGCCCCUCGCCACGGCCCUCUCCCACGCACUCACAAACUCCGCCGCGCAAGGCCUGCCCCCAAUCACCAUCUCCCCGCUCCAGGGCCAAUACCUCGCCAUCCAAGCCCAGCUGAUCUCCGCGCGACGGGUGCUCGAGGUCGGCACCCUGGGAGGCUACUCGAGCAUCUGGUUCGCGAGCUCCGGCGCGCACGUCACCUCGUUGGAGAUCGACGCGCAUCACUGCGCGGUGGCGGUCGAGAAUGUCCAGCGCGCGGGAUACAGUGACAGUGUUGAUAUCGUGCUGGGGGACGCGAUGGAUACGUUGCCUCGACUUGCGGCGGCGGCGGCUGGUGCUGCUGACGGAAAGGACUCCCAGGGGCUAUUCGACCUCGUGUUCAUCGAUGCGGACUGGGAUAUGCAAGUCGAGUAUUUCGCGUGGGCCGUGCAGCUUGUCAGGCCUGGCGGGUGUAUUUACGUGGAUAACGCGGUCAGGGCGGCGCUAGAGCAGGGUGCCGCGAAAGAGACCUUGGUCGACAGGGUGGGCGGGAUGGAGGGCGUGCAGGCCACGCUGGUGAGUGUGGUGAGUGGUCAUAAGGGGCGUGAGGAGCAGAUGUUUGACGGGUUUCUGUUGGCUAUCGUGAAGGAGAAGGGAGGGGCUUGA